AGGAAGGGGGUUUGACUUCUGACCGAGGGCUGCCGCUUAACGUGUUCGUUUGGGUCCAGUCGCAGCGCGACUCGGUGCGGGGGGGAGAUCCGUCCGGGCUCGGGAAUUCACAGAUUUGAAGGAAAAGUUGAGCAGCGGCCAUCCACUGGGAAGGCUAUGCUAAUGUUAGCUAACGUUGGGGUAUGAUGGCCGCCCGGGCCUGCAAGCUAACGGGCUACCUGCGCGGCUCUUACCCGGGUUUGUUCACUGUUUAGCUCCCGGGCGUGCUGCUCACGCUUCUUCUAACGGAAAUUAUGACUCCAAAUCAGCGGGCACCAGACUCUUCUGUUCUCCAUCUCCUGAGCUGUGUCACCCAGAAGUGUGCGAGUCACACUAAAGCAGGAUGACUACAGUCAAAGGAGAGCAGAUCAAGGAAAAUGGAGGUGGUGCUGUGAUCUACAUGGCUUCGUCUUUCCCCUCCAGUAGCAGAAUGGACGUGUGGUCACAGAGGCGUAGUCUGCAGACUAUGAAUCUUCGGUCGGUGUUCACGGCUGAGCAGCAGAGGAUUCUGGAGCGCUACUACGACAACGGGAUGACCAAUCAGAGCAAGGCUUGCUUCCAGCUCAUACUGCAGUGUGCUCAGGAGGCCAAGCUGGACUUCAGUGUGGUCCGGACAUGGGUUGGCAACAAAAGACGAAAACUGGCCUCUAAGGUUGAGCAGAACGGAAGUGUGUCUCAUUCCCUGCACAGUCACGGCGGUCCGGGGGGCUUUCUGUCCGGUCCUCCGCUGGCCGGGAGCACGCUGUCCAAUCACAGCCCGGCGACCGGAGCGCUGCUUCCCUCGGACAUAGCUGCAGCUCGAAGCAUUCAGAACCGUGGACACCUUAUUCCUCCUUCAUCUUUCCCUUCUUUCUCGUCAUCAUCUUCCUCUCCUUCGUCCUCUUCCUCCCUCAGCAGUGGCAGCAACAAUAACAAUAAUAACAGCGAUGUAAUACUGACCGGGAUCUACUCCCUGAACUCUGUCCCGCGGACUCGACCGAGACCCGCAGCCCCCUCGGCUCAGUCAGACCUCGAGCUUUCGGCUCACACGUCUUCGCCUCUGAUCAACCAGGUGCUGCAGAGCAGGACUCCUUCCACGUCCUCACCGAGCCAGUCCAAGUCAGCGUCCCUCUCUCAGACUCUCCCGUCCCUCAUGUCUGUCUCAGGACCUUUAGUCGACACCGCUGUCAGGAAGGGCACUUUAUCUCCUGGGGAGGGGGUGGCGAGUGCUGGAGCGGGGGCGGUACCUCACAGCUGGACUAGGCAGUACGGUACAGCGCAGACCCGCCCUUGGCCUUCUUCCUCACAAUCCCAGGCUCAGCCUCAGCCCAGACCUCACUCCAACCCUCAACCCCAACCUCCUCUUCCACAGAAGCCUCGGCUCUCCCUCCCCAGCCAGAACGCCGCCCCGCCCUCCGAGCAGAGGCCUCGUAUUCAGCAAGUCUUCAGCUUGUCGGAAAAGGCCGAAGGGGACAGGCUCAGACCUGGACAGGCCUCUGCUCUGAGAAGCCAGGAAACACACAGACCGGCACCUCGCCCUCCGGACCCUGGUCAGAACCUCUCCAUUGCCAUGGAAACUGGAAAUGAAGCAGAUGAGUGGCAAAGGGAGGAAGAGCUGGCAAACAUGGCUGCUCAAACACACAUCCGCAGGGAGCAGGUGUUAGUCAGCCCGAUGGGGGCGGAGGCGUCCGCUGUCCGAGGAAGCCGUAGUCCUCCUACGGCCGGAUUCAGACCCGCGACACUUCACAGCAACACAACACUUCAGGGCAGCUACUCCUUCACAGUACAAACCUCACUUUCUGGGGAGUCCAGUUCACAGACUUCACUUGAUGUGUCUGCAGCCCCCUGGGUUAUGAGCAGCUCCAGGAAGAGAACCCUGCAGGACAGGACCCAGUUCAGUGAUGGGGAUCUGGUCCAGCUGAAGCGCUACUGGGACCGAGGCAUGACUAGCCUGGGCUCCGUGUGCAAAGAGAAGAUCACCGCUGCAGCUAACCAACUCAGCGUAGACACUGAAAUAGUCAAGACCUGGAUCAGCAACAGACGGAGGAAGUACCGUCUGAUGGGUAUUGAAAUCCCUCCUCCCAAAGGCGGCCCUGCUGUAUUCACAAGCCCGUCUCCUGGUAACCAGUCCCCAGUGGCCCUCAGCCCCGACAGGGAACCGCUCAGAACGCCUGAACUCUCGGAUGACUUGAACGACGGAGGGUCCAUGUGCAUGUCUGAGGAUGGGACCGUGGACUCACAACACAGAGAUGGAGAUGAUGAAGCGUAUGUGCCCUCCGCCGCUCCACUGGCCGAUAAUGUGAAGAUUGAAAUAGUUGACGAGGAUGAAGAAGCUGAUGAAGACGACGGCAACUUGGUGGCUUCAGACCUGGAGCACAUGCAGAACCUGCUGGAAUUCAAGCACGAGGAGGUGCAGUUCUUAGAGAACGAGCUAGAGAACCAAAAACAGAAAUACCAGGAGCUCGCAAACUUCACGAAGAGCCUGCUCAGUGCUGUGAGGGACAACGACCUGGAGAGACAACAGGAACUGUUAGCCAGUCUACCUCAGCCUUCAGACCAGGACUGGGACGCGACGCCCAACCGCGACCCCUUCACGGAUGGCUCGAGCGACUUACAUCUACCACAGGGCCAAACUGUGGAAGACUUCCUGCUGGCCGCUGUAAACAAAGACCACGCAGCAGCUGAGGUUACUAAGCCCUCUGCAUCAGAGGAGCUCCUGCAGGAAGCGGUGGAAGAACAAAAGUGACUACAUCAGCACACUGAUACAGAUGUUCUCACACUCCACUCAAAACAGACCGUACGCUCUGACAGCUACACUCAUGCACAGUGCCUGUGGAUCGAUGCUUCACUAUGACUGUUGGGCUGACUAAUGCCUUUUUUAUUGCAUAUCAUGCGCCUUGCUCUGGAAACAGUCCAGAGAGAACAAUAAAUGACCUCUAACUUAA